AUGUCAGACAACGCACAUGAUGUUUUGAAGGAUGCGGCAGCAGGUGCUGCAGCAGCAGCUGCUGUAACCAGCGGAUCACUAUUCAGCACAUUUGAUAUAAUUGUGCUUGUGAUUUUGUUGGGCGGUACAAUCUGGUGGCUGUAUAACUCAAAAAAGGACAAUAAAAAAGACGAAAUCCUGCUCAGUAAAUAUUCUAUCCAGGCUGCCGGAACCAUCCAAGUCACAGAAAAUUCCUUCAUAACUAAACUAAAAUCCUCUGGAAGAAGUUUAGUUGUUUUCUACGGAUCUCAGACGGGUACUGCAGAAGAGUUCGCUGGUCGCCUCGCUAAAGAGGGUAUUCGUUACAAGAUGAAGGGUAUGGUCGCUGACCCUGAGGAAUGUGAUAUGGAAGAACUAACGAAACUCCACGAAAUUGACAAUUCCUUAGCAGUUUUCUGUAUGGCUACAUAUGGUGAAGGAGAUCCUACGGAUAAUUCUAUGGAAUUCUAUGAAUGGUUGAAGAACGGCGAACCAAGUUUAGUCGGUUUAAAUUAUGCGGUGUUUGGCCUUGGCAAUAAAACAUACGAACAUUAUAAUGAAGUUGCAAUUUAUCUAGACAAGAGGCUAGAAGAACUUGGAGCUACGAGAGUGUUCGAACUUGGUCUCGGGGAUGAUGACGCAAAUAUUGAAGAUGAUUUCAUUACAUGGAAAGAUAAGUUCUGGCCUGCUGUCUGUGAAAAAUUCAAUAUUGAGAGCACAGGGGAAGAAGAGUUAACACGUCAGUUCCGCUUAGUGACACAUACACCUGGUGAAAUACAACCUAACAAUGUGUUUACUGGAGAAAUUGCAAGGCUUCAUUCUCUGCAAGUUCAGAGACCGCCAUAUGAUGCCAAGAACCCAUUCUUAGCACAAAUAACAGUAAACAAGGAUUUGCACAAAGGUGGAGACCGAUCUUGCCUCCAUGUGGAGCUAGAUAUUUCUGACUCAAAGAUGCGAUAUGAAGCAGGUGAUCAUGUGGCCAUCUACCCAAUCAAUGACAGCAAUCUAGUUGAAAGGCUGGGUGAACUUACAGGAUCCGAUUUAGAUGAAAUAUUCUCAUUAAUCAACACAGAUCAAGAAAGCAGCAAAAAACAUCCAUUCCCGUGCCCAACGUCUUAUCGCACUGCCCUCUCCCACUACGUGGAGAUUACAGCACUGCCGCGUACUCAUAUAUUAAGGGAGCUUGUUGAAUAUUGCUCUGAUGAAGAAGAUAAGAAAAAAUUACUACUCAUGGCUACAAAUUCUCAAGAGGGCAAGGCUUUGUACCAAUCAUUUGUUGUCGAAGCUUGUAGAAAUAUUGUCCAUAUUUUGGAAGAUUUAAAAUCAUGUAAACCACCUCUGGAUCACAUCUGUGAAUUGCUACCUCGUCUUCAGCCAAGAUAUUAUUCAAUUUCCUCCAGUCCUAAGCUUCAUCCAGAAACUGUUCAUGUCACUGCAGUUGUUGUGCAGUAUAAAACACCUACUGGACGUGUUAACAAAGGUGUAACGACUACUUGGCUGGCAGAAAAUAAACCUGAGCCUGGGAAACCUCUUCCACGGGUGCCCGUAUACAUCAGAAAGUCACAGUUUAGAUUACCAUUACAAACUCAGACACCAAUAGUCAUGGUUGGACCAGGUACUGGUUUAGCUCCAUUCCGUGGAUUUCUGCAAGAACGGGCACAUGCUCGCCUUAACGGCAAGGAAGUUGGAGACAACAUUCUUUAUUUUGGAUGCAGACAUCGUGACCAAGAUUAUAUCUACCAGGAAGAGCUCGACAAGUAUGAAAAGAAUGGUGAUGUGACAUUACAUGUUGCAUUUUCUCGUGACCAACCUCAAAAAGUAUAUGUAACUCAUUUACUAGAAAAAAAUAUGGACCAGCUAUGGGAUAUCAUUGGCAACCGUAAUGGACAUUUCUACAUCUGUGGUGAUGCAAAGAAUAUGGCUGUAGAUGUCAGAAACAUAGUUUUACGAGCUAUCCAGGAAAAAGGUGGGCGUACCGAGGCCGAAGCUGUGCAAUUCAUUAAGAAGCUUGAAUCGAUGAAAAAAUAUUCGGCAGACGUAUGGAGUUAA